AUGGCAGAGCCACUUCAGCCCCACCAAACCCCAAAUCGUCCAUGGGAAAAACUUGGGGCAGACCUUUGUACAGUUAAUGGCAGGGAAUAUUUAGUCAUUGUAGAUUACUUUUCACAAUUUAUAGAGGUUUGCAUGCUGCACAGCACAGCUAGUGCAGCAGUGAUAAGUAAGAUAAAGUCUGUGUUUGCAAGACAGGGAACACCUAUUGAACUGAUGACCGACAACGGGCCUCAAUUUAACAGUGCUGAAUUUAGGCACUUUGCAGCUGAUUGGGACUUUGUUCAUACGACUUCUAGUCCUCACUACCCCCAAUCCAAUGGACUGGCUGAAGGAGCAGUAAAGAUAGUAAAAAAUUUGAUCAAAAAAGCAGUUCACAGCAAUCAAGAUAUCAUGAAGGCCCUGCAGAUAUACCGACGUAGCACCCCUCUUGAAUGUGGAAAAUCUCCAGCAGAGCUCCUCUACAACAGGAGAAUGAAAACGAUCUUGCCAAUGGCAGAUAACUUGUUAAACUUCCAGCAACUCGACACGAAAGCAUUCAUAGCAAGGAAGAGCGGGGUAAAGAAAAAGUAG